AUGGUUGCCAGGUUGGUGCCAGCAGCAGUCUCUACGGAGAACAUGAGGACAUCCGUUGACGUUCUAGAGAUUAAAAAGGUUCUUCAAGGUCGAAAUAAAUAAAUGAGCAUCGGUGUUCUCCAGAGUCAUGGAGGACCAUAAAGGGGUGUUGCUGAGUGUAUUGUCUGGUACCGGCUACAGUGUGUAUGAAUGUGUAGGAGGGGUGAUGGAUGGGGUAGCUGAUAAUGUUAACACACUGUGGGAGGGCUCAGAUUAAUGUAUGAGAAGAAGAAGGAUGUCAUUGACUCUGGGAAGGUGAAAAUCACUGAUCACAUUUUCAGGGAUUGAAACAAAGAAUUGAGGUCAAGGACUUGUGGAACAGGCUUUUUUGUAGAUGAUACGAUUUCACGUGUGUUUUACGUAAGUGUUUAGUAUUACUGUCAAGGACGAAAGUGUUGCCAUCCUUUUGGACUGUUAUGACGAUCAGUGUCUUGUUUUUCAGGAAGCCUGUUGGAUGACUUCCUGUUGACCUACCUGGUGUUUAUGUCAACUACGGACCUGUGUCAGGCUCUACUGGGACACUAUUGUUGUAUGAGAUACCGGAUCAAAGGGGACGGGAAGGAGGCUCUGACCAGGAAGCGCAGAGUCCUGCACCUGGUGUCCCAGUGGACCACGCUCUACAGGGACUUCCUGCGAGAGGACGAGCAUGUCAAGCUCUUCAUGAAGAGCCUGUACCGCUACGUGCUGGAUGACCUAUAUGAGUACCCGAGCCUGGAGAUGGAUCUGAGGGAUCUCCAGAAACUUCUCCGCCUCCAUCGCAGACACACCGUGGAUGAGCAUUCACGACACAGAAAGGCCAAGCCACUUUCCCACCAGCUGAGCCUUCGAGAAAACGGAGCACAGACGAGAGGGACACAGAGGGAGACCAAGGAAGUGCUGUGCCAUGUAUACGUGACCGUGGACUCGUACCUGAGCCUGAGGGCCGCUGCCGGAGUGGUGGCCAGGGAGCUGCUGCAGAGCCUGGCUGAGAGGCUGGAUGUUCCUCUGGAAGACCUGGUCCUGAUGGCAGUCACGUACCCUGGAGGGAAGCUCCUCCUCCAGCCCCAGGACAGGGUCUACUCUGAUUCGCUGACCGCCGUGGGGAGGCUGCACGUGUGCAGAAAGGACCUGAGUGAAAUCAUGAACCCCUUCACGGAUAACGCCGAACUGCAGCAGCGCUCAGCUCGCAUGCUGAGCAUGAACACGUGGGACGUGACGGUGGCUCUCACCAACUUUGACUGGAGCGUCUUCAGCGCCAUACACGAGCAAGAGUUGGUGUACUUCACAUUCAGCCGCCAUACCAGCCGUGGCCACACGACGGCGCUGGAGCUGCUGUUGCGGCGCUGCGACGAGGUUCAGCUGUGGGUGAUAACUGAAGUGCUCCUUUGUCCAACACUCUGCAAACGUGUCCAGCUCAUUAAGAAGUUUGUCAAGAUUGCCGCCCAUUGCAAGGCACAAAGGAACCUCAACUGUUUCUUUGCCAUCAUCAUGGGCCUGAACGCUGCGGCAGUGAGCCGUCUCAGUCACACAUGGGAGAAAGUUCCGGGAAAAUUCAAGAAACUGUUUUCAGAGCUGGAGACGUUGACAGAUCCCUCGCUCAACCACAAGGCCUACAGGGAAGCGUUUAGGAAGAUGAAGGCGCCCAAGAUCCCAUUUCUUCCGCUGCUACUGAAAGAUAUCACGUUUAUACACGAGGGCAACAAAACGUUUCACGACAACCUGGUCAACUUUGAGAAGCUGCACAUGAUAGCAGACACAGUGCGACUCAUUCGCCUUUGCCAGGAGGAUCCUCUGGGAAACGGUAUCACCCAGAAGAGCAGCCCAGAGGUGAGGGACUAUGUGGACUACCUCCACGUUAUUGACAAUCAGCAGACCCUGUUCGAGCUGUCCCACAGGCUGGAGCCCCGAGUGUAGGCACGAGUCCCCCCCGCCCCACCCCGCUCUAGAGUCCUCCAUCUCAGUCAGACUCCCAGGGAACCACCUCCACCCUCCCCCACCCAGAUCUCUCCUCAGCAACCAAGGACGUCCGCCGAGCAGCCGCAGGACACCAAGCAGACACUAGAGGGAGGCAGAGAACUGCAGUCGGUCGAGCCAACAUGCUUUAUAGACGAGGGGUAAAUUCAUUUGAGUGAGAUGGCAGAACCGACGAUGGCAGAGAUCCAUCUACAGAUAUCCAAAGGAUUUCAAUCAUUCAAAAUUCAGCAAUUCACCUGCUACAAUUAUGACUAUUACACUUGGACAGAUGAUGUGAGAAGUUCACACUCGUGGGAAUCUGAAAAAUUCAGACAUGUUUAACUCUAGAGGCUCCAAAACGGACUUAAAGAUAAACAUACUCUGUGAACGUUUUAAGUUACAGUGCAUUCUCCAUUUUAUAUGAAUCACCUGUAUAUGAGAAUGUUUUUGUCAAAUGCAAAUGUGUGCAUUAUCUUUAUCUACUGGCUUUCCGCCUAAACUAAAUGAAUGAGUGCAUUGAUUUCUAAAUGCCCUUAUGACAGGAUACUGUGCGCAUGUGUGUCUGUGUGUGUGUCUGUUGGUGUGUGUGCCUGUGUGUGCCUGUGUGUGUGUCUGUGUGUGUGUGUAUGUGCCUGUGUGUGUGUCUGUGUGUGUGUCUGUGUGUGUCUGUUGGUGUGUGUGUCUGUUGGUGUGUGUGGGUGUGUCUGUGUGUGUGUGUGUCUAUGUGUGGGUCUGUGGGUGUGCCUGUGCCUGUGUGGGUUAUUGCUUGUGAGAGCGUGUUUCCCUUGAUUGUAAUCAGUCACCCAAAUGUCAGUGCCAAAUAUAAUUCCAAAAGUGUUUUGUUUUAGAUCGGCUAGACGUGGUGAGUUAGUCUAUGUUACCUUUAGCUGUGGACAAUCAGAAGAAGUUGAACUGAGACAGUUGCCUUUAACAGGACGUCUCUGUAUUCGUCAUUAUUUAGCAAAAGCAAUAGCAGCACCAAUAAAAAGAAAUAAAUUAAGUUCAGGACUUGAACUGUGGACAAAAAUUUGUACUACAUUUGAUGUAGAACAGGAUUGUGGUUAGAGUGUAGAAAUUGUUGUCCAGUAUUGACUCUCACCGUCAGACUACAAAUGAAAAUGGGCCGCCCUCAGGUUUGAUGAAGUGUUCUGUACUCCUUGCAUCUAAUUCCCAGAAUCCUUUUCGACAUAUGUGUGUGCGUGGGUCAGGUUUUCAAGAAGAAAGACUAUGAUGUUUUAGCUGUCCUUUUGAAGCACCAGUUUUCCCAUCUUGAGGCCCAGAUCUGUGGGUGUGUGGUGAAGAGCGAUCCUGUGGACUCCCCAGACUGUACAUAUGCUGUGCAUUUGCUGCUUGGACUUGGACAUAUUGAUAAAUUCCAGACUUAUUUAUUUGUUCUGUUGGCUGACCUAUUUUUCAGUUUCAGGUUUAUUUUUUCUGCCACUGUUCACAUAGGUCUGCAUGACAUGGCAAAGCCGUGGAUAGACCACCAAGCCAAAUGUGCAUGUAAUAAACCAUUCUUUGUAAACAACUGUUUUGUUUUUGACUACCAUGCCAUAAAUUCUACUUUGUUUAGCAAUAAAGAAAUACAAGUCGGUAAGUCUUUGCUUUUCUCAGCCUGCUCCACCUUUAAUGAAUUUGGGAAAAGUUUAUACAUUAUGAUUAACCAAAUGCUUAUAUUUUAUUUAUUUUCUGAAUCAGGAGUCCAAUGUCUGAUCAUUACGUUACUGUUUCUUCAGACCUUUCAGUACAGGAUUAUUAAACCUCCACUGCCACCUAGUGACAUAAGUAGUGCAUGGUGUUUGUUCAUUUCAUUGUGCUCACAAAAUAUGCAAAACAAAAUAUUAUCCAAAUAUAAACAGUGUACAAUCCAGACACUUUGCCAUCUGUUUUACAUGGCUUAUUUGAUCAGAUUUACAUAACAAAACAAAAAACUUUUCUGACAUUCUAUCACAAUGAAUUCAAGCCAUGCCUCCUUGCCAUGCCAAUUACAUGAAACAACAAAUCUUACAAAUGUUCCACACAGAAGUCCUACAAUACCAGUCUUUCAACUCCACACCAACAGUGGAGUCUCGCGUCUGCUCUCGUGGACAUUUAACCAGGUGCCCUGCCCUGCCUUUAACAUGCCCAUCAGCGUCGUGACCCCCUGCUGUGCCUGGCCCUGCACCCUGCCAUUUCCUCCCAAACACUCGGCGCACUGUAUCAUUUCCCUGUCACCUAAUGACAGGCUGGCUGCCGUGGCGGCAUAAUGAGAGGAAGAGCCGGCAAAGGAAGACACACUGGAGCGUUGAGUCCUCGUCUCCCUCUGGAAGACACGAUGCACUGAGUCAGUACCCCUCUCUCUGCCGAGGGGCACUGACAAUGUGGCGGCCACUUUGGCUCCAGGAAGAGAUUAAGAACAACAACACGGAGGUUAUUUGUGGGCGAGGAAGGGGGCUCGUUCUCACUUGCGAAGGAAAUGAGGAUAACAGUGGUGAUUACUUCCAAACUGGAAACCCGUUCGCAUGCUCCUGUUUCAGGUUGUCGCUUCGGGGUAAACUUGGCCAUUUGAAACAGAAAGCUCACAAACGCAAUCACAUAUGCGGGAGCUAAAAUAGACGUGGUGCCGCGAGAAAUGUCGCUUGUUUCGACUGUUCACAGGUUAGCAGGUUGUUUGGAGAGGUGUGUUUCUCUUGCACUACCUGGGAGCAC